AUGAUGUUUAUUUUGAAGUCCCCGGCGCUUUGGUUGCUUCUUUACCCAGUUGUUGCUUUUACGGCGGCGAGGGCGAACUCGAUUCGUCCAGCGGCCGCGUUAUCUGUCUUCGAUCUGUCGAGCGUGGAGGCAGUACCGUCUAGAAAGACCAAGGCCCCAAUUUUCGAUGAAGUUUGCGACACAACUGGAGUCACUCUCAAACGCUUCAUGACCGAGGUUUCUCUACUGAAUCCUGAAAUCGAAGAGCUGACGACGCUGUUUGGUGCGAUUGAAACCGCUUGCAAAGCCAUUGCAAAUCUUGUCAAGCGAUCGCCGCUUCCCUCCAGUGACACGUUGGGUCUUCAGGGAGAAAUCAACGUUCAAGGCGAAGACCAAAAGAAAUUAGAUGUGAUCGCCAACGAUAUUUUGAAGCGAGCACUCCGCUUCACGGGCCGCCUCGGAGUCUUAGCCUCGGAAGAAGAGGAUACUCCCGUCGAUUUGAUGCCAAGGGAUCCUAGUACCAAAAAAGUUCUAAUCGAUGAGGGAGAAAAGUAUGUCGCUGUCUUCGAUCCGCUCGAUGGUAGCUCAAACGUUGAUGCAGGCAUACCGACAGGCACAAUAAUUGGGAUAUACGAGCACGACGAAACUUGCAAGAUUGAUCCUGAUGCUUUGGAAGAGGAUCGGACCAAACAAGAAAACCUAUGCCUCGCAAAUACUCUGCAGCCCGGCACCAACUUGGUAGCAGCGGCGUACUGUUUAUAUUCUUCGUCAACAUUUUUGGUGUUGACGCUGGGAGCUGGAACAUAUGGAUUCACGCUAGAUGAGACUAUCGGUGAAUUUGUCUUGAGCCAUCCAAACAUUAAGAUUCCUGAAUGCUCAUCCAUUAUGUCGUUCAACGAGGCAAAUACUCCCAGCUGGGAUCGUCCGCUUCAAGACACUUUCGCAAAGUGGAGGACAGGGACAGGAAAGAGCGGCAAGAAAUUUUCAAGUCGCUACAUUGGUUCUAUGGUAGGGGAUGUCCAUCGGACGCUCCUGUACGGAGGAGUUUUUGGGUAUCCUGGCGACAAAAAGAAUCCCAACGGGAAGCUACGCCUGCUUUAUGAAGGAGCUCCAAUGUCAUUCAUCAUGGAACAGGCGGGUGGAUUGUCGACCACUGGCACGCAGCGUGUCAUGGAAAUCUCCCCAGAUACGGUCCAUCAACGUGUGCCGAUUAUCAUGGGAUCCAGACAAGAUGUCGAAGAGGUCAUGGACGCCUAUAAAAACUUUGGCAUCGAAUAA